UCCAAAAUGGCUGAAAACAACGACUACACUUGUGACGCUGCUACCAAAGAGCCAGGAGACAGUGACAACAUGCAGCAUCCUACUUCAACUGGUAAAGAGGCAGGAGACAGUGACAGCAUGCGUCAUCCACCUACAAUGUCUGAUAUGAGGAUUGUGCUGGUGGGAAAGACUGGUGUGGGCAAGAGCUCUACUGGAAACACCAUAUUGAGCAAGGAUGUUUUCCAAGUAUCCCAUUCUGCCCAAUCAGUGACCAAAGACUGUAUAAAGGUAAAAGGAGAGGUUGACGGCAGAAAAGUGUCUGUGAUUGACACUCCUGGGCUGUUUGACACUGACCUGACAGAAUCGUCGAUAAUUAACAGGCUGGUUGAAUGUAUCGCACUGUCCUGCCCUGGACCUCACGUCUUCCUUCUUGUGGUCUCGGUGGGGCGAUUUACUCAGGAGGAUAAACAGACGGUAGAGAGACUGCAGUGGAUCUUUGGAGAAGAGGCGACCAAAUACACCAUCGUUCUCUUCACUCGGGGAGAUCGGUUAUCAGCACAGACCAUAGAGGAGUAUUUAGAUAGCGCAGGAGAUGCCCUGAAUCAGGUGGUGGAGAAGUGCGGUGGCCGUUAUUGUGUCUUUAACAAUGAGAAAUUAGAUGAUCGGUCUCAGGUCGUCAGACUGAUCGAAAUAAUUGAUAAAAUAGUAUCAGAAAAUGAUGCGGGCUGCUACACCAAUGAGAUGUAUGAGAAUGUGGAAAGAGCGAUUCAGGAGAGAGAGCAGGAGCUGAGAAAGGAGAUGUAUGAGAGUGCGGAAAAAGCAUUUCAGGAGAGAGAAGAGCAGCUGAGAAACGAGAUGGAAGAGAACGUGGAAAGAGCGGUUCAGGAGAGAGAGGAAGAGCUGAGAAACCAGAAGGAUCAACUGGUUAGAGCUAAAGAUAUGGAAAUACAAAAACUGCAAUUGGAGCUGAGAGAAAGAUUAGUCCAAGAUAUGAAGAAGCAUAAAUUUCCUCAGUUGAAGAAAGCCACAGAGCAAUGUAAACAGCAGUAAUUUUAUCUGUUCUUCUAAAGGUUUUUUUUAUCUUUUUUACUCUCCAUCCUAUUACUCAGCUCCCUUGUUAGAUCAGCACAGUAUAAACAAAUGCAAAAAACUCAUUUAUAAUGUUUAUUAGCUCUGUAAAUAUGUUGCAAUUUGUGUAAAUAUGUAUACGCUGCUGUAUUGGAAAAUAUUAUGUAAUAUUAAUGGAUAUAUUUGCAAUACAAUUAGUACCUGAUACUAUAAAAAAGUGUGUCAGUGUCUGCAU